GUUCCACACACACAGAAUGCUAGCCCACUAUCUGACCACAGAGUGAGCUCAGUGAAUUGUGGAAAGCAUAUUGUUUCUCCAAAUCUCUCCCUCUCUCUUUCACUCUUCCACAUGGGAUCCUAAAAGACUGGACUAUUUCUUCUUUGGAUAUCCUCCUCCUGCUUUGGGAUUUAACUGAGAGUAGAGCAAGCUUUCUUUCUUUUUCUUUCCUGAAUUUUUUUAUCUUCUGGGGAUUACCACAGAAAUACCUCCUGUGUGCGUUUGAGCGUGAGUGUGUGUGAGUGUGUGUGUGUCCUGUGCCAUGCCCACCCCUGGUCGCUUUGGGACUAACGGCAGUGGAUCAGCAUGAAGGGGGGUCACCAUCAGCGGGGGUGCGGGUGUCAGCACCUGUUCCGAAAAGUACUGGCUAAGUGUGGCUGCUGCUACGCCCGAGUUCGAGAGUCGUACUCUGUGGCCGGCAGUGAGGGCAGCAUCACUCCAUCCGUAGGCUCUAUGGCCAACCAGGCCUCUGGCAUCUCCAGCCCCUGCUCGACCUCCUCCCCUGGGGAGUCACGGCACUCCGUCAGUGCCCUGAAGAAGUGGCUCACCAACCCCGUCCGCAAGCUGAGCGUGGGGGGAGGAGGAGGAGUGAAAGGAGGAGGGGGAUGCAAGGAGGACAGGCAGGUCCACAGGCUAGAUGGGAAGCAUCCCUCUCCCCUCCUCCCUAACGGCCAAGCCCUUGGAAGGCCUCUGGAGCAGGGGGAGAACUACACAAUCCUCCCCUGCACUGAUGUGGACUUGGGGAAUGAUGCCCUGGUGAGUCCAGCGACGUACUCUCCAACACACCCUCUCUGUCACAGCUACCUAUCUGACCUACUACAGGACAGGGAUACACACAGUCUGAACCAUCAUUAUUCCACUAUUCUCCCAGAAGAAGUAGAUGGCUCCUCCCUGAUUGAUGACUCGACCAGCCAAUGGUCAGCCACCAUGGACAGUGAGGAGGACAGGAGGAGUGCCUUAGAGAAAAGCAUAUAUGUGCUGACAGAGCUGAUAGAGACAGAGAAGUUGUAUGUGGACGACCUGGGCCUCAUAGUAGAGGGCUACAUGGCCAGCAUGGCCACUCAAGGGAUUCCAGAGGACAUGAAGGGCAAAGACAAGAUAGUGUUCGGGAACAUCCACCAGAUCUAUGACUGGCAUAAAGACUAUCUCCUGGGGGAGCUGGAGAAGUGUGUGUCAGAGCCCGACAGACUGGCCCAACUCUUCAUCAAGCAUGAGCGGCGUCUCCACAUGUACGUAGUGUACUGUCAGAACAAGCCAAAGUCAGAGCACAUUGUCUCAGAGUAUAUCGAGACCUACUUCGAGGAGCUGAGGCAGCAGCUGGGCCACAGACUACAACUCAACGACCUGCUCAUCAAACCAGUACAGAGGAUCAUGAAAUACCAACUACUGCUCAAGGACUUCCUGAAGUACUACACCAAAGCAGGAAGGGAUACCUCAGAGCUGGAGAGAGCGGUGGAGGUGACGUGUUUCGUGCCCAAGCGCUGUAAUGAUAUGAUGAAUGUGGGCAGACUGCAGGGCUUUGAGGGGAAGAUCACAGCCCAGGGGAAGCUGCUCCAGCAGGACACCUUUACAGUCAGUGAGCAGGACAGCAGCUUCCUGUCCCGCGCCAAGGAGAGGCGUGUCUUCCUGUUUGAACAGCUGGUCAUUAUCAGUGAGCCAAUCGACAGGAAAAAGGGCUUCUCUCUGCCAGGGUACACCUUUAAAAACAGCAUCAAGCUCAGUUGUCUGGGUGUGGAGGACCACUGUGAGGAGGACCCAUGUCGUCUGGUGCUGACGUCCCGCGGGCCUGAUGGGAGCGUGACACGCUUCGUCCUACAGGCAUCGUCCCCUGAGACGCGAAGGGCCUGGGUCAACGACGUGGUCCAGAUCCUGGACACACAGAGGAACUUCCUCAAUGCUCUCCAGUCUCCUAUAGAGUACCAGCGAAGGGAGUCCAACAGCCUGGGACGAGCCAUGAGGGCGCCCGUGGCAACGACCUCUGGCCUGCGACCCCACUCCUCUGCCUCCAUUGACCGCCACCGGCUACCUUACCUGCACUCCUACAACACCUCUCUGCCCUCCCUGCACCUGCCCAGCCAGGGACCCACUGCAGAAACACAGUCCCCACUGUACCUUAGCCCUGCAACACCCCGUCCCUCUCACCUCCCUCUGAAGCUCACCAUGUCCCAAGAGGCCAGGCACUGCCAGGGGGUGUCCAACGGCCUGUGCCCCCCUACCCAGCACAGCUUACAGGGUGGUACUGUCUGUUACCAUGGAGCCAUGCCGGGGGAGGGAGGGACUUACGCAUCGCAUCGCUCAGGCAACCUGGAUCAGCUAACUGAACUCUCUCUGCAUGAGCAUGAGUGCUGAUAACCUUUGACUUCACAGCCUGAAUGAAGGGGUGUAGGGUGAAGUUGCCCCUAGACGCUGAUCUUAGGUCAGUUUAGAAUUUACCCCAGGUUAGGUUUGGGGGAUGAGGAAGCUGAUCCUAGAUCUGUACCUAGUGUAACCUUCAGUCUAUAGCGAAUGUGUCGCAGGCUGAUAGAGCCCUGGUUAACCUGGCUCCACUCAGGACAGGCAGGGGGUCUAGGGCGGGGUUAGUUCAGACAGUUUCGCUAUCACAACUCUUGUGAUUACCCUAAUAACAUUAGAUUAGGAUUACUAUGGUAUCUCUAGCUUCUAAUUAUGAUUUUUUUGUUGGUAUUUCUGUCAUAUUACAUUUUCUACUAUUUUGAAACCUGUACUUACUAUUGUGAUGCGAGAAGUGAAGCAGAAAUGCAGCCCUCUGGUGUUUGUGUGUGUGUGUGUGUGUGUGUGUGUGUGUCUCUCUCUCUCUGGUGGAAUGCAUCUGCGUUGCAACGGUUGCUAUUCACACUGCAAACCGUUUCUACAGUACAGUACCACUCAUAUGGUGACACGCUUAACACCAUUUGUUUUCGUAUAGAAAUAGACAUUUGGGAACUACCACUUAAGUCGCCAGCCCUUUCAUGUUGCUUUUUCUUAAACACGGGGACCAUAUUAAUAUUAUGCUACUGCUACGUGUGACAGAUUUGAUCACUUUGCACAACAAGGAAAGUAAAACAGCAGUGGAGAGGUAAUGCCAUAUCUAUUCUCUGUCCCUCUUCCUAAAUAGCUAUCCUCCUAUUCUGAAUUCAUCCUCACCACCAUUUCAUAAAGCAGCCUUUGGGUCAAGAGUGUUGACAUUGUGGGCCGGAGAACUAUUUGAGCUUGAUUGUGGGACUGAAUUUGUCCAGGGCUUGAGCAGUCAUGAUUGUCUACUCUAUCCAUUAUUACUGUGUUGCUCGGUUUGCAUACUUUUCCCUUCAUUUAAGGGACCACUUUAACCCUGCCAUUGUUCCAACGUUAUCUGAAGAAAACACACGUAAACUCACACAAAGCUCACUCCAAACUCUGAAGGAGAGAGGAAAAGGGGACACCGAUAGAGGGCGUGCUCAUCUGUCAGUGUCAUCAUGAAUGUAAAUAAUCUGCUGUGAGAUCAUAUCAAUAAACAACGUUUAUGAAAAACUG